AGACAGGAAGACAACACAGGAUGAUAUGAUCAAGCCAGCGUUGAGAGAAAUCGAAGACGCCUUGAAGCAACGCAUCAACCGAGUCAGCGGCUACGUCUCUCUACUGCAGCAGUGUGUCAGCUCCAAGAGUUUGGCCCAUGGAAAGCUCGUCCACGCUCAUCUUUUAGAGGCUGGGUUUGGCAGCAACGCUGUUUUGGGUGACCAGCUUAUCAAGAUGUAUAGCAGCUGCGGCAGCCUGGAAGACGCUCGUCAGAUCUUCGAGAGGAUGCCGUGCAAACGGCCCAUCACAUUCAACUUCAUGAUCAGUGCGUUCAUCCAGCACGGUUAUCACAGCAAGGCCUUGAGUUUGUUUCACUCGAUGGAAGAUCCCGACUCACAUACCUACUCUCGGAUUCUCGGAGCUUGCUGUGGUCCGGGAGCUUUGCCAGAAGGAAAAGCCAUUCACCAGAAGAUGCUGGCAACUGAUUCACAGAUGAGCCGGGUCGUCCAGAACGCGCUGGUGAACAUGUACUCCAAGUGCCAGAGUCUCGAGGAUGCAAGGAAAGUGUUUGAUAGUAUGGCCCAGAAGGACGUGGUUUCCUGGAACUCUAUCAUCUCGGCUUAUACCCAGAGUGGGCAUCUCGGAGAGGCUGUUGAGCUAUACGAAGCAAUGGACAUUGAACCAACGACGACAACGUUUGCCUGCGUUCUCGGUGCUUGCUGCGAUUUGGAGACUGGGAAGAAGAUCCACAGGAGGAUCGUUGACGGUGGAUGGGACUCGGACAUGAAGGUCCAGAACGCUCUGGUUUACAUGUACGCCAAGUGUGGAAGUGUAGAGCUUGCGGAGGACUGUUUCGAGAAGAGCCAGGAGAGGGACGUCGUUUCGUGGAACACGAUGAUCGGAGCUUAUGUUCAGAACGGGUAUACGAGGCAGGCUAUGAGGCUUUUCUGGACGAUGGACUUGAAUGGAAUCGUCCAGGACUGGGUGACUUUUACCAGCGUUUUCGGGGCCUGUGAGAGCCAGGAGGAGUGCCGAUGGUUUCACUUUCGCGCCAUAGCAACUGGUUUUGGCAAUCACGUCGGGGUGAGGAACGGACUGGUGGCAAUGUACGCCAACUGUGAAAACUUGGAGGUUGCGAGGCGGGUUUUUGAUGGAACUGAGCACAAGAACAUGAGCUCUUGGACGACCAUGCUCACAGCCUACGCUCGGAGAGGCUUCGACCGGCAAGCUAUGAAUUUGUAUCGAGAAAUGAAGAGACAGGGUGUGGAUCCCGACUUUAUGCUGUUUCCGACGAUCGUCACAGCUUGUUGCAGUCUCAAGGAGGCCAGAGAGAUCCACGCUCAUAUCACAGCAACAGGCUCUCACACACUGGCUACGGACAAUGCGCUUGUCACCAUGUACUCCAACUGUGGCCGUCUCGAGGAUGCAAAGGAGAUGUUCGAUACCAUGCCAGAGAAGAACUUCAUCACUUGGACAGCAAUGAUCUCGGCCUGUGCACAGCACGGGUGUCCUCUCGAGGUGAUUGGAACUUACGAGGAGAUGGAGAGGCAGGGUGUGGCUCCGGUUCCGAUAACUCUGGCUAUGGUUGCCGGGGCCUAUGGCGAGGUGAAAUCGCUCCAGGAUGCCAGGAAGUUCCACGAGCGGAUUGUCGACAAGGGACUCGGUUCGGCGUUCCUCGUCGAGAACUCGCUGAUGAACAUGUAUGGGAAGUGUGGAAGCGUGGACGCUGCAAAGGCCAUGUUUGACAAGAUGAAGACGAGGAACGUGAUAACUUGGACAACGAUGGUUGCUGCGUAUGCGAGAAACGCUCGUCCGCUGGAAGCUCUCGACCUCUACACGGAGAUGGUUUUGGACGGGACGAAGCCGAGCCUGGUGACGUUUACGUGCGUCCUGGCUGCUUGCAGCCAUGCGGGACGGAUGGAAGUCGGACAAAGGCACCUCUGGUCGAUGAAACUGGACUACGGGCUCGCUCCAACAGCGGAACACUACGCGUGUGUGGUCGAUCUUCUCGGUCGAGCGGGGUGGCUCAAGGAGGCCGAGGAGCUUAUCCUUGUCAAGAGCUUGGAAGUGGACGACGUCGUGUGGAGAGCUCUGCUGAGCGCUUGCAAGAUCCACUGUGACACCGAGCUUGGAGGAGUGGCCGCGGAGCAAGUUACGCAGCUGGCUCCAUUCGACACCUCUUCAUACGUGCUGCUGUCAAACAUCCAUGCUGAGCUCGGGUACUCGAGGUCCUCCAAAGCCCGAGCUCUCAGGAAGAGAUCUACGAUCAUCAAGCCGGAAGUUUGAGCAUGUUGGACAGCAUCACGAGAGUUGCGGCAUUGUUGGAAUCCAUCUCCAGGAGCCGUGCUGCCGCUUGAUCGCCGGUCUGGAAGCUCUGGCAAGCGGACAGGAGAGAUCUCCAGGAAAAGCUUCCAGGAAGGCAAGGCAUGGUAUCGAUCAAAACUUCCAGAUCUUCUCGACUCGCGCAGCAAGAGAGGAGAU